GCCUGUAUGCUGGUGUCCGAUAAGCUCGUAUGGUCGAUUGCUUCGUCCAGUCGCUGUCAGUUUGGUUCGUUGUUCAGUGUUUGUUGUUGGUGAUAAGUAAACGUUCCGCCCCAUUGCAAGAUGCGUCUAAUCAUCCUCGACACGGCCGAGUACGUCGGCGAAUGGUCGGCCAAGUACGUGAUGAAGCGCAUCAACGACUUCAAGCCCGGCCCGGAUCGGUACUUUACGCUCGGCCUGCCGACCGGCUCGACCCCGCUCGGCAUGUACCGGCACCUGAUCAAGUUCCACCAGCAGGGGCGCAUCUCGUUCAAGUACGUGAAAACGUUCAACAUGGACGAGUACGUGGAUUUGCCGCGGGACCACCCGGAAAGCUACCAUUACUUUAUGUGGCACAACUUUUUCAAACACAUCGACAUCGAUCCGGAAAACGUGCACAUCCUCGACGGUAAUGCGCCCGAUCUGGUGGCGGAGUGCGAUGCGUUCGAGGAGAAGAUACGGGCGGCCGGUGGGAUUGAGCUGUUCAUCGGUGGCAUCGGACCGGACGGGCACAUUGCGUUUAACGAGCCGGGAUCGUCGCUGGCGUCGAGGACGCGCGUGAAAACGCUCGCGCAGGAUACACUGGAGGCGAAUGCGCGCUUCUUUGGGAACGACAUUAGCAAGGUGCCGAAGCAGGCGCUGACGGUCGGCGUGGCGACGGUGAUGGAUGCGCGCGAGGUAAUGAUCAUGAUACUCGGGUCGCACAAAGCGUUCGCCCUGUACAAGGCGAUCGAGGAGGGCGUGAACCAUAUGUGGACGGUCAGUGCGUUCCAGCAGCAUCCGCACACGAUCAUGAUCUGCGACGAGGACGCGACGCUCGAGCUGCGGGUGAAAACGGUCAAGUAUUUCAAGGGUCUGAUGGACGUACACUCCAAGCUGAUCGAGGAUGAUGCACCGAAGUAAACGCGAUGCAUCGCUGGAAAGAUGGUGGGGAUUUUUGGGAGCAAAUUGAUAACAAAUUAGGUGGCUGGGAGGACUGCAAUGUUGACAAAACCACAUCUACCUUAGUAUUGCGAUGCGAAUGGUGGCUUACGUCCAGUGGCAACGAACUCGAAGGAUUGCUGAGUAGUGUUUGUGUGGGAAGCCAAGCCUCAAACAUGUUAACAGUAACGGUGCAAUUUAUGGUUAUGUAUAGUUGAACUUUUUUUAUUAUUAUUAUUUUCGUCUUAUUACUGUGUACUGUGUCAAUUCUGUGUUCUUUCCAAAUCUCAAGCAGUGCUUUGCAAACACGUUUUUUUCACGAUGAAAAUAGAAAAUAAAAAAAUAAAAUCAACUUUAUGAA